UAUAUAGUGUCUCAGCCGACUGUGGCUGUGAUAGUGUUUAUUUUUUACACUUUAGGGUAUUUUUACAAAAUACAAAUUACAUUGUCGAUCCUGAUAGUAACAGUUAACUCCUUACAUACUUCAUUAGAGGAGAAGUACUUUAGUCGCUCCAAGUGAUAGAACGUGUAAUAUUUACAAAAGAUUUAUUUUCAUUCAAACUUGAAUAAUUGUAAUGAUUUAUCUAUUGUAUGUUACCAAAUAAGAGCAUUUACUUAAGUUAAAUACAAAAUAGAACUUAAUAUUUGGAUAAAGGUGACUCUGAUAUUGCAAAGUCAAUACCUUGCCUCAAAACAAUGAAUGAGGCAGAAAGAAAAAUUCUGGCAUCACCAGAACAGGAUGCUGAACAAGUAUUACUUGGAGUAAAUCCAGAAACAUCAAAUACAAAUACAAAUACAAAAGAAGAAAAUGAAACAAAGGAUAAAGUACAUACACAAACCAAAAGAAAGCGUUCUCCAGAUGCAGAACCAUCUGAGAAAGAAAGAAAACAUGAUAUAGGACAAAAUCUUAUCGAUACUUCUAAUUUAAGUAUUGAUAAUAAUAAGGACACAAAUGAAUCAUUGAAAACUAGAAUACAUAGUGACAAUACGCUAUUAGUUGCUAGACAUUAUAAUUCAUUAGGAAAUGAAGGGAGCUUCCAUAGAAAGCAAAGUCGAAUUUUAUAUAUGAGAAAUUUUAACAAUUGGAUGAAAAGCAUGCUUAUACUUGAAUAUGCGGAUAAAAUAAAACAACAUACAGUACAUGGGUAUCCCAUAAAGGUAUUGGAUAUGUGCUGUGGUAAAGGUGGAGAUCUAUUUAAAUGGGAAAAAGUAAAAGUAUCACAUGUAAUUUGUGCUGAUUUGGCCGAAAUAUCUAUAGAACAAUGUCAGGAUCGUUAUAAAGAACUAACAAAAGUGUGGUGUAAUAAAAGAGGAAUUGCUCCUGUAUUCACUGCUGAAUUUAUAGCAGCAGAUUGUACAAAGGUUCAUUUAAGGACAAAAUUCAAGGAUCCCAGUAUACAACUUGACUUUGUGAGCUGCCAGUUUGCAUUUCAUUAUUGCUUUGAAACAUUACAACAAGCAGAAUGUAUGAUGAAGAAUGCCAGUGAAUGUUUAAAACCAGGAGGUUACUUUAUUGGGACUAUUCCAGAUGCUUAUAACCUAGUUUCUAGGUGGCAAGACUGUGAUGGCAAUAGUUUUGGAAAUGAUAUUUAUAACAUAGAAUUCUUUUGUGAUAAAACAAAACCACCACUUUUUGGUGCCAAGUAUCACUUUCAGUUAGAAGGUCUGGUUAAUUGUCCAGAAUUUCUUGUUUAUUUACCAGUGUUUCGUAAAUUAGGUAGAAGAUUUGGUUUAGAAUUAGUAAUGUUUAAAAGAUUUGACGAAUAUUACGAAUGUAAUAAGGACAAAGGUAGAUUUUUACUAAAUAAAAUGCAAGCUUUAGAAAUGUAUCCACCUAAUGAAGGAGUAAAACUGGUUGGUAAACCAGAUCAGGAUUAUCAACAUCUUAAACAUCUGAAAACCUCGGAUCGUCACAAGAUUUGUAGUUUGUCACAAUCAGAAUGGGACAUUGUUACAUUGUAUGCUGUAUUUGCCUUUCAAAAAAUGAAAACAGUCUGGGAUAGCAAAGGAAAACCAGAAUAUGUAAAAUUAGAGAAAUGACAAAGUGUACAGCAUUAAUUUUAUAGCAUAGACUUGGAAUUUAAAAAAAAUAAUCAUGACUACAAAUUUGUUUAUUGUACAAAUUAAUUUGCUAUCAUAGAAAUAUAUAAAUAGACACCCGUAACAUACAUUUACAAUUCAUCACAUUUCAUUCCAAAUAUGGCAUUACAUAUUUGUAUAAAAUUAUGUAAAAUGUAACAGGUAAUACUAUACUUUUUAGUAUGUUUGAGAUUCCAAUAUGUUUUUUUUCUCUUAUUUAAUCAUACUUCAUUAAAUUUUUUCAUAAAAAAAUAUUGUAUUAUUCUUUCAAAUAAAGUACAUAUACCUAAAUACCGGAAGUGGUGCAUGUUCAUGAAAUGUUCACUUACUGUUUUAAAAAUUACUUAUACUACGAAGUUGAAAUCUUAUACGCAUAGAUUUCUUUAAAUAAAUAAAUUAUAUAUAAAAUUAGCAACUUGUAGUAUCGGUCUCGUGCAAUUUCACUGAAUUUGACGUGGAGUGGCUUUCAUGCACAUGUGAUGAACUUCGCUAUCAUCCAAUUUCACGUUACGAGCAUGUUUAUUCAUAAUCGGUUGGUGAACAAAAACUAGACGUUUUUCUUCCAAAUUAAUGCUAUUUUGAUGAAUGAAAAACCUCGGUCAACUUAUAUAUUAGCAAAUACUUGAAUACCUAUUAGUUAUAAAAUCGCAAGUAUUACAUUCACAAGCAACAUCGCUAAAACGAAAUAUGACUGAAUAAACAGAUAGAGACUGAGGGGCAAAGGGUUAUGUCGGGGAUCGAAGAGGCGGAGCAAAGAAACGCAUGCGCAGUUAGAUAUUUUUGAUACUUAGACUGGGUUUCCUAUACGAUCUAAGCGUAGACUCGAUCUACAGUCUCGCGCGGAGUAUAUGGUCGAAUAACGACUGAGUGGUGUGCGUGUCCCCAGUUCUCUUUACUUCUCUCGCUUCUGUUAGCUCUCGCGUUGCCAGAGUCUAUCAGUCGCAUUCGUAUGAGAAAUGGAGCUUGAACAGCCAACAACGCAGUCGAAUUCCGACUCAGUAAG